AAUCAAGGCGUGGGUAUCAGGAGGGAAGGGGGGAAGCGGGUGCCCUGUUGAGGCUGCUGCAAGACAAUGUCCCUGCAUUGCCGCCUACUCUGAAGCCCGGCAGCCUCGACCCAGGAAAGGAAGCCAGGGAGGCCAAACCCUGCCCCCCAGUGCCCGGGCACCGGCCCACCAUCCCCAGGCACUGGUGCCCAGGAAGAAGCCCCAGACCAGAUGCCACAAAGCCCUGCCAGCAGGAGGCCCUGUGGAGCCACUGCUCGCCGGCUCGUCUCCACGGGAGCCGCCGGGCUUCCUGCCAGGAAAGCAGCCCGGGCUCCUUCGAGAGGCAGCCCUCCCAGCGACAGAAGAGCCGGCGCUGGGCCGCCGCCCUCAGCCCGCUUGCCAGAGGAGAGGCGCUGGAGUCGACUCGGGGAGGCGCGCCCGGUCGAGCCAAGACCACCCGCUUCAGAUCCACUGAAGGGUCUGACAGAAGGGGACCAGCAACUGAUCCGAGGUACUUGGGGAAAGGUGUUUGACAAUGCUGAAGAAAAUGGCAGAAUUGUUAUCAUCAGGUUCUUCACAGCGUGCCCAGAGAGUAAACAGUUUUUCAAGAACAUUCCAGCUGAAGGGGACCUGAUGAUGAUCCCGGAGGUGGGCUUCCAUGGCCGCAGGAUCAUGGUGACCCUGAACCAGCUGAUUGAAAGCAUGAGUCACUGGAAGCAAGCCUGCAAGCUCAUUGAGCGGCUGGUGGGAAGCCACAAGAACAUACACAAGGUCCCGUUAGGCAUGUUCCAGGUAGCUAAGAAGGGAAGCAGACCCAUGAUCUGCCAUGGGGCAGCUGAGGUAACUGCAUGGAGGCUUCCCCAGAGGGGAGAUUUCUGGCACACAGUUGCCUACCUGCCUGCCUGCAGUAUCAAUGACCUGACCCCAGUGGGCCACGAGAGCUUCUGCAGAAAGACAGAGCACCUGGUGGGAGUCCCCUUGUUUGCAUGGUGCCUUCCGGAGGCUCCCAGCCAGGGCAGGUGAUCUUGGAGGUGGGUGGGAGUCCUCUAGAGCUUGUCUCAGAUGGUCCUCUCAUAGCUCUGCCUUUACCUAGUUCCUAUUUCAGGCCAUUCUCUCUGUCUUCCAAGAUCUCCUCAAAGAAGAAUUUACUGAUGAUGCCCAGUUAGCCUGGGAGAAGUUUUUCCUGAUUCUUCAAGAAGAAAUUGAAGCUGCUUAUGCACAAGAAGAGAAGCUUUGAACAAGCCCUGACUGACAUUAAGCAACUGGGGAGCGGACCCCCAUCUCAUUGUGCUUGUAUUGGAGGAAAUAAAAAAUAAAUGAAAUCAAAUAUAAAUAGAAGGAAAUGAAAUGAGUCCUUGAAUAAAGUGCUGGUUAUUUCUCCUCCA